AUGGCUGCUAUUGCUAAUCGUGUUACAGCGCUUGUUCCUAAACUUGCUCUCCCUGUAGCACGUUAUGGACAAUCGAAAUUGUCUCGUUUCUGGUACUUUGCUCGUGUUGAAUUACGACCACCGAUGCCAAGUGAAUUCGGACAAGUUCAACAAGGAUUACAACAAAUCGUUAAAUCAGCUUCAACAGGUGCAUGGCGCAAAUUAACUGUUAAACAAUUUGGAUUAAAUACAUUAGUUGGCCUUGAAGUUAUGUUCUGGUUUUAUAUUGGUGAAUGUAUUGGUCGUGGUAGUAUCAUUGGUUAUCGACCUGGCCGUAGUGAAGGCAUCCCAGCUCCUUAUAAAUACUUUAUGUGA